GGUCCCAGCCGCAAUCCGGCACGGUGACUGGCUGGGAACCUUGCCGGGAACAACAUGCGGGGCUCGAUCCACUUUCUCCCCACACAAAUGUCACCAGCGGAUCCCCCCACAUCCGAUGUCUUGGAGCAGUGGGGUAUGCAUGGCAUUUAGCAUUGGUUCGUCGGGUAGUGACAGGACAUGGCUUCCUCACACCACCCUUUAGAUAAUUGAUCCAAGGGUGCCGAUGAGACGGUGCUAUUCUCGCAUCAGCUCAUUACCAGACGAUCACAAUGUCUCUUUUACAGAACCUCCUUAGUAGCAUCAGUGGGAAGGGUGAUCAGGUUGUCAGCCUUCUUGGUGACCGGCUAUCUCAGCUGGAUCUUGAGGUCUCCGGUCCCUUUGAUCCACCCAACAGACCAGACGACGAUGUUUGUAAUCUGGCACAGAGCCUGGUGACCGACUGCCAGCAGCUGAUCUCGCUGCUCGUGCCUCGACGGAUGCAACUCUUGCAGAUCGCUUUUGCAGGAGCGUUACCGGCCGCGAUCGCGGUGGUUAGUCAUUUCAAAGUUGCCGAUGCCAUCGAGGAGCUGGGUGGCAAGGCAACGGCGGGCGAAAUUGCAGAGAAAGUGGGCACCGACACGACGAAGUUAUCUAAUGUCCUUCGCACACUGACGGCACACUAUGUUUUCGAAGAGCUGGAAGGGGCCUAUUUCAAAAACAACCGUCAGAGUAGGGAAAUCGUGGUUGCUGGGGGUGGUGCCGCAAUGAUCGAGUCAUACGCUCAAACGUCGGGGAAGUCCCUAGUUGGCCUCCUUCCUGUGAUGAGAGACAAAGAAUGGAUGCACAGCUUUGAUGCUCGCAAGUCAGCAUUCAGUAAGGCUUAUGGAGAGCCCGUUGGUAUCAUCGACUAUAUGUUCGACCCGAAGCACGAGGACGAACUGGCCACCUUGAUGGCUGGAAUACCUUGGCUGAGCGAGAUGUCUGCACGCGAAACGGUCGAGCACUUUGACUGGCUUCGCUGGGGGAAGACUGCUAAGGUCUGCGACAUGGGAUGUGCCGAUGGCGGAAUCAUGGCACACCUGAAGAUCAAGGAGCCCUCGCUUCACGUCAUCUGCCAGGAUCUGGAACCCGCAUUACCAAGGACACGAGCGGUCAUGGAUCAGAUGGUGCCAGGCGCGGUAGAGGCUGGCACAGUCGAAAUCAUGGUACACGACUAUUUCACCGAACAGACACGGCCUGCAGAUGCCUACUUCAUGCGGGGAGUCUUACACGAUUACAGUGACGACGACUGUGUGACAAUCCUGAAUCGUCUCAAGCCUCGACUACUGGAGAACCCCCGGGCGAGACUACUGGUCAACGAGGUCUUGGUGCCUAUUCUCCCCACGGUUCCGGGGCACGAAAACAGACCGAUAUCAGACACGAAGCCGACGGAUCAAUCGUGUUUCGUGGAGGUCACCAGUGCCAUGCAACUACAUUCGGUUGCCAUGCAAGCUGGAUUUGAGAGGACAUUCCAAGAAUUUGAUGCGAUCUUCAAGCGGGCCGGGUAUCAGGUUCAUCAGGUCUAUCAGCUGCAGUAUUUUACCGCCAUCGUCGAAAUUUCGCCGGACAAUCAGCAAUCCAAGCUAUAGUCAGCGGGAUAGCGGAGAAGGGAGGACCGAGCACGACAGCUCUUGCUCUCAAGCUUGAUGCUGAGGGCUGGAUGAUUGAGGUAUACUAGUA